GGAGCAUCGUCCAGCCUGGUGGUCAAGUUCGCCGACACGGACAAGGAGCGCACUAUGCGCCGUAUGCAGCAAAUGGCGGGCCAGAUGGGCAUGUUCAACCCCAUGGCCAUUCAGUUCGGAGCCUACGGCGCAUAUGCACAGGCACUGAUGCAGCAACAGGCCGCCAUUAUGGCCUCCGUGGCGCAAGGCGGAUACCUAAACCCCAUGGCGGCCUUCGCAGCAGCCCAGAUGCAACAGAUGGCCGCCCUCAACAUGAACGGGCUGGCGGCCACCCCCAUGACGCCCACCUCAGGUGGCAGCACGCCUCCAGGCAUCACUGCACCAGCCGUGCCUAGCAUCCCCUCCCCCAUCGGGGUGAAUGGUUUCACUGGUCUCCCGCCACAAGCCAACGGGCAGCCUGCAGCAGAAGCCGUCUUUGCCAACGGCAUCCAUCCUUACCCAG